AUGUUGACCAUAUUGUCAGUAUUAGCAUAUAUUAUUCAUGUAUGUGAAGUAAGCAGCUAUGAAAUGCUAUCACCAGCUGAAGUUAUACAGAUAGCAAAUAACAAGUGCUUGCUACUAAAUCCUAUCAACAGGGGUAAAGAAAUUGUUGAAAUGUUGAUUGAGUUAGAAAGUAAUGUAUUUAGAGAACAAGAUCAAUUAUUUAUAGGUACUAUUAAUGUUGAUGGAUUUUUAUACCCUGACAAGUCACAACCAAACUUGCCGAACACUGAACUGUUUAUAUUUCAAAAAAUUAUCAAAGAUAGAUCCUGCCUGAUGAAAGUGCCUAUUCCUAAACCAACUAUAGUUCCAUUUACUGGAAUGGUCAAUAAGGAAAAUAUUAUAGACUUUGUGAAUCAGUAUUGUUUUACAUACAAAUCAAAGAAUGGGGCUUUGUCUAUUGAAGGCUUGCACAGGGAAGAAAUUUUGAAAUCAUUAUUUCAUGUGUCUAAUAUAUCUAAUAAGAAUAUUAGAAAUAUAUUCAUGCAUGAAGACUCCUCAACUUGUACCUCAGACAGUUUUGAAAAUUGUCUACAAGAACCUCAAAAUAUCUAUCACAAGUCAAAUAUACCUCAAUGUGAGCGAGUUAAUGCUGAAAAUACAAAAGAUUUCUUCAACAAAUAUUUAAAGAUGUCAAAACCAGUCAUCAUUGAAGGUGCCAUGAAGAAAUGGAAAUCAAACAAAUGGAGCAUGAAAUAUUUUCAAGAAAAAUAUGGUGAUAAUGACGUUCAUAUUAAAAUGACAUCAACUGGGGAAUACGAGGGUGUUGAACCAGUUACUUUAUGGGACAAUCAUGAAAAGUUUUUAAAAAAAAUCCCAAGAGAAGUGAAAGCUAAAUUACCAUUUCCAGAUUUAGUAGUAGUUCGUCCAGCAACUCUCAAUAUGAAGUUUUCAAAAUUUUUAGACUUGAUACAAUCCAUAUCAAAUUCAAAUUAUAAAAAUGUGUCUGCCUAUUUGGAAUAUUCCUCUAUCAGGGAGUAUUUUCCUGAGUUGGAAAGUGAUAUAGAAGAAAUGGAAUUUAUUAAAGGAAUACUGCAUUUAAAACAUUUAAAUAUUUGGUUAAGUGAUGGCAAUACGUUAGGAAAAACUCACUUUGAUCCUUUUGAUAAUUUCUUAUGUCAGAUCAGUGGUAAAAAAGAAGUGAUAUUAUUUGAGCCACAUGAUAAUAGUAGACUAUAUGAAGCUCAUAUACCAGAAGCGAUUUUAUCAUUUAAUAAAACUGAGAUGACAUUUUCGAGGAGACAUUUAUCUGAUAGCACAUCAUUGGUUAUGUCUCCAAUUGAUAUUCUAAAACCAAAUUUUCAGAAAUUUCCAAAAUUUGCUGAAACCUAUCCAUUAAACUGCACAAUAAAUGAAGGUGAUGUUUUAUUUAUGCCAGCUUUUUGGUGGCAUGAAGUUCAAUCAUAUCCUAGUCCCACAGAAGGCAGAAAUCUUGCUGUUAAUUUUUGGUAUGAGCCAUUCUUAACCAAAGAAUUCCCAUGUCCAACAUGUAAACUGGAUGUCAAUCCCACAUAUAGAAAUUUGUUAUAA